AUGCCGAACCCUGCGCAUCCCCAGAUGUCCAACCAGCAUCUCGGUAACCCCAGAGACCAGAGUGCAGAAUACUCUUCUGCAGAGUCCGAUAAUGACCACAUCGAGGCCAAUGGCUCUUUAAAACGGAAACGCCCCCUCACUGUCUCAUGCGAAUUGUGCAAGCAGCGAAAAGUCAAGUGCGAUCGAGUGCAGCCGAGCUGUGGCUGGUGCACCCGCAACGGCCAAAUAUGUGAAUAUAGAGAGCGCAAGAAGCCUGGCCUAAGAGCCGGCUAUGGCAAAGAGCUAGAGCAGCGCCUUGAUCGAUUGGAAGAUAUCAUUCAGUCGCAAGCUCGCCUGAUUGAAAUGCACAUCUUGCAAAAUCAAUCUUCGGUAGGCCAUGAAAUGCACCAUGCAGGGCAUCUUGCGUAUAGCUCUCCAUCAGUGGCCUCGGCGGCCCAUGGACCCAGCCCCAGCACUGCUCUGUACCUGAAUGAUCCUGGUUCCUCGGUCACCUUGCCAUCCCGCCGUGCAGACGUAUCACUAACAAGUCCAUCUGAUACAUCACCUCAUAAUUCCUCGCAUCAAUUUCAUCAUGCCAUGGCGGUCACCCCAGUGGGAUCAAUUACACAGACUCAAAGCACACAUCAUGAUUACACGGGCAAUGAGUCGUCCUUGUCGGUCCCAGUGAAGAUUUUCUCGAAUCAAGAGCAGUCGCUUGCUGACCCGGAUCUUGACCUUCCGCCAUAUGAUCUACUCUAUGCACUGGUAGAUCUAUAUUUCGAGCACAUCAAUUCCUGGUGCCCGAUCUUCCACCGUCGAACAACCUUGGAUACGUUCUUCGGCCCAACACCUCUGGAGGAGGCAGACCGAAUGGUCCUUUACGCUAUUGUGGCAACGACUCUACGAUUUUCUUCGGAUGCCAGACUAAAUGAUCAAAACCGAAAGCGCUAUCACGACUCGGCCAAGCAGAAAGUUUUGUUCUACGGCUUGGAAAACUCGUCUGUCAAGGCACUUCAGGCGCUUGUGAUCCUAGCCCUAGAUUUAGUUGGCUCCUCGAACGGCCCACCUGGGUGGAAGCUUCUUGCCCUGAUCACUCGAUCGGUGGUCCAGCUAGGCUUGGCUGUUGAGUCUAAGUCUUCCCUUGUCAACCCUCUUUAUCCUUCAAUAUACACACUGAGAGCCGUCACGCUAUCAGAACCAGACUCCUGGAUUGAGGAUGAGAGUCGCAGGCGUCUGUUUUGGAUGGUAUACCUACUCGAUCGGUACUCUACCUUGGCCACUGCGUUCAACUUUGCCUUGGAUGAUAGAGAUAUUGAUCGGAAGCUGCCUUGCAAGGAUGACUUCUUUCUGAAAAAUCAACCAGUGGAAACACGGUUGUUCCAAUGCUCUAGUGAUCGUGCAGAUUACCUUAGUCACGCAGAGAAUGUCGGCUCUUUUGGGCUUUAUGUCGAGAUUCUGGGCAUUCUCUCGCGAAUUCACCUGUUCUUGAAGAAGCCUGUGGAUAUUGGCGCUCUGUCCGAUGUCGAAGAGUGGCAGGCGACAUACCGCAAACUCGACAGCGAGUUGACAUCGUGGGAAUUCAAUCUUCCUGCAGAAUAUGCAUACGAAAAUUCAUCUCGACUCUUCAGCGGACCGAAAAAUGGCCGGCCUCUACACAGUGACUGGGUACAGUUACAUGCCACAUAUCAAACGGCUGUGAUCCGUCUACACUCUUCCGCAGCAUAUCCAACAACUCGAUCUCCAAUCUUCACGCCUUCAUACAGCGCAAGCCAACGCUGUCUCCUCGCCGUCGAGAAUAUCUCGUCAGUCACACGGUUUGUCGCAGAAAACAACAUGCUCGACAAGAUGGGUCCACCUUUCGCCUUCACCCUCUGGGUCUCAGCACGUCUCCUUCUCGUUCAUGGCUCCACGAUCGCGCACACCGUCAGCGCAGACAUUGUCUUCUUCGUGGACACUCUCUUCCAGCUUGGAAAAUACUGGAAAGUCGCAGAACGAUACAGCAAUAUCCUUCAACGCGUCCUAGACGAGUACAACGAGUACCAACAAUCCACCGCCCUAGAUGGCGAGCGUACCACGCCAUCGACUGUCAAAAUCCUUGCCGACAUGCGCCGCUGCGCUUUUGAUCUGGAUUUCUUGAUCUCGCGCCAACCCCGCGAAUCACCAGCGGACAAUGGGAUCGGCGAUAGCCACCAGGCAAGACCUGUUCCUGCAAUGCCACGAAAUUUCGCCCCGAAUGAACUCGAAUAUCUUGACGUUUUCGGCUUCUUCAAUGUCCCCCGUGUACCACCCGCCAGAGCACCUGAAUCGACUGCGCAAUCGAUGGCUAUUCCCGACUCCGUCCAAGACCCGAUGUCAAUCCAUGGAUUGACGGCUGCGGAUCCGCCUUCGGGGGUUGUUGAUACCAGUCAUGCCAACUCGAAUGAGUUCAAUAUCACCAAUUAUUUAAUUCCAACGCCUGAGACGGACUGGCUUUUCCGUCCGUCUUAG